CAUCUGUCCGGUUGCACUUAUCGCCUCUUUCUUUUUGACCCUGCGCUGUGUUGUUGUCCCUCGGGCAGGAUCCAGUGGUGUGGCUCGCUCUCCUCGCCAUCCCUCUUUCUCUCACCCUCUCCCACCUACUGGCACUGGCACUACCUACUUACAACUGAUCACGCCCAGUUCCCUUCCCUUCCCUUCCCUUCCCCCCCCCUCCAAGUCUUUUCUAUUUGCCAUCCCUUUUACCGCCCCGGCUCCAACGGCCCGGUUCUUUUUCCAAGAUAGCCCCACCUUAGCUUUGUCGAUUUUCCAAAAUCCCCAUCACCCGAGUGGUUCUGCUGGACCUUUUUGCCGUGCUUCUGUAGAUGAAUCGAUCUCUUCUCCUUGGUCUACAUGACGCCCAGCUCCCCAGAUGAAGCUCUUCACUUUCGCGGCAAGACUCUGACUCCCGAGAGCCCUCGUCCGCUUCACGUCGCGGAACCGGCCAGGAUCCCCGUGCUUCAGAAUCAAAUGGACCCCGUUUUCAACGACACGUCGACUUAUGAGAAGUCCGAGGCCUUCCUUGGGAAUACUAGUCUCCAGGCGCAUCCCAAUGACCCGACCUCCUUUCGUGGCCCAUAUGCAGGGCCCGGGGAAGUGAGGGGAACCACUGGCGCCGUGCAGGUUCCGGAGCAACCACCACCGCGCCAACCACCACCACACACUCAAGGUAGCUCCCACUCGGGAUCUUCGCAGGGGAAGGAUGGAUCGAUGAAUGGAAUUGCCAACGCACUGUCUGCUACGGCUACCACUGCCCAGACAUCCUUUGCAUCCGACCAGCCCGCGCCUCCCAUGGCCACCGGCCCCUCCUCCGCGGUCCAGGACGCGCCAGCAAACUCUUCUCUAACCACUCUGCCUUCAUCAGAUCCUGUCUCCCUCCUAGCUCCUCCUUUCCCCGAUGUCCAUUCCUCUUCCUCCCAUGCCGCUCAGAACAUUCCCAGUGCGAGCGAGGUAGACCACGCAGUCGCCAGCUGGACAGCCCCGUCCGCGCCGCCGAAUCGCCUAGACUCCCAGAGCAAAUCUGAUGAUAACACUGGUGAGGAUGGUGUCGAUUUCCAGAACCUCCUCGAUAAUCUACCCCCUUCUUCCACUGCGCCCUCUGCCCCUGCGGUCUCAGAGACGGCGCCUUUGUUCGCGGACGUUUCUGCGCUUCCCCCAGCAGGAACAGACGAGGAUGCGCUCCAGUCUGCCCUGGGACUGCCCCCUCGCCCCCCUCCCCAGGCGAAGCCUUCCAUACACCCCAACUACAAUGCCACUGAUGACAUCCGGUCAUACCACCAACUUCCCCCUAACUCGUCCAACGCACAACCCUCUCCCCCCGCCUCCUACUCCGCCCAGCAAAGUAAUUACCAGUCCGGUCUGGGGCUUCCAUCAUUGGCUGCGGCUGGCGCUCCGGGAACCUCCUCGGGUGCCAGCGCCUUGCCUCCUCCCCCUGUUCCGAGUUUCCAGCAGUCUUCGCCGUCUGCUUCGGAAUCCCAAGAUCCUCCAGUACCCGCGAAUAACAAGAAUGGUCGCAGUGAAAGGCCGACGGCUCGGCAGCCUAAGAGUGCAGAUGAAGAUACUCCCUGGGGCCCGGAUGUUCAGAAGAAAUACGAUGAGUUUCUCCAUGAUGAGAGAAUCUACGUAACCGAAGGCCUGUGGGAUCGUUUCCCGCCGGGGUCCAGAUUGUUUGUUGGCAAUCUGCCCACCGAACGAGUGACGAAGCGAGAUCUAUUCCACAUCUUUCACAAAUUCGGAAAAUUGGCCCAGAUAUCCAUCAAACAAGCCUACGGAUUCAUCCAGUUUCUCGAUUCAUCCGCCUGUAAAGAGGCACUCGAUGCCGAGCAAGGGGCCGUCGUCAGAGGACGGAAAGUCCACCUUGAAAUAUCGAAGCCACAGCGAAGUACAAGACCCGGGGCCGCCCCGGCAGAAGCUUCUCGGGCCCCUCCAUCGAGACGCUCGAGAUCUCCAGAGUUCAGUAGAAGUGGCCCUUCCGGCAGUCGCAAUGCGAGGGCACCGGCCGAUCGUUAUGAUCGGUCCUACGAAUCGGGACGGGUGCCAUUCAGCGACUUUAGGGAUGAGCCGACCCACCGUAGGCGUGACGACUAUCGACCACCCCCUCCCCCUCGCUCGCCGUCUCCGCGUGCCUUCCGCGCGAGGGAUGGUUAUCGGUCUCGAGAUCGGACUCCGGAGCGAUACGAUCGACGGGAAAGACGGCGUUCUCGAUCGCCAUAUACGAGGGAUCGGAGAUAUCGCAGUCCAAGCCCACGGGGUCGUGGGGCAUAUGAAGGCGAUGCGGAUCUGCCUGUCCCUCGACGGGCUCCGAGAGAUGUCCCGGAAGUGCAGAUUCUUGUGCUCGAGGAAGUGGAUCGCAAUUUCAUUUUCCACGUGGAGAACGCUUUCCGCAACCGGGGUCUCCGGGUUGAUGUGUUGGUACUCGGACCUCGCAUUCCCUUGAACGCUGCUGUCCAACGACAGGUCCAGGAGGGCGUCCUGGCCGUGGUGAGACUGUCACGACCAAGCCAGUUCUCACGAAAGAUUCCCUUGCAACUAUUUGAUCGAAGCGGGGGUCCAGACAACUUUCGGUCAAACGAAUAUCCCGAUGUCGAACCCAGUAUUGCCGCCGAGAUUGUGUUUCAUGCCCAAUCGAUGCAGCGUGGCGCACCGCCUGCGCCAUUUCCUCCCAACCCGGCGGCGUUUGGGGUUCCGCCACUGCCUGUUCCCGCCGCAUCGGUGCCUCCAGUGCCUCAGGUUCCUCAGGUGCCUCAGGCGCCUCUACCUAUGGCCAAUCAGCCCAACAUCGCGAAUCUGAUUACCUCCCUCGACGGGCCCACGCUACAAUCUCUGUUGGGCGUCCUCCAGCAACGGCCGCCGGCUAUACCAAGCGCACCGCAACCAUUCCCUGCUGCCAGCACCCCGCAUGGCGCCGCCGAUCUUGCUAGCCUGCUGAACGCUGCCACUCGCCCGCCAGUUGCUGCUAACCCGCAACAGCAACUGCCUUCGCAGCCCUUCCCUCUCCAAGCGCCCAAUGCACCGGUGGUGUCCGAUCCCAACUUGAUAUCACUGCUUGCCAAAGGCUUGGGGGGCCAGCAGCCUCAGAACCAGGCUGCCGUUGGUUCCCAGGUGCAGAAUAUCAUGAACCAGCUGGGAAAAUGGAAACAAUGAUUGAUGACAGUCUUUGUUUUCUCUUGUCUUUCUCUUCUUCUCCUUUUCUUCUCUGGCUUCACUGUCGUUAGCGACAUCUCGAGGAGUCGGGCGUUGACUGAUUGAUCGAUUGAGAAUCGGAUAUGGAACGUUACCAUCAGUAAGGGUUAGGAUGCUGGGUUGUUGGGUUGUUUUCUUUCGCAUCGGUCGAAUCAGCGAGUAAACGUUACCGGAGUGCAAUGGGUCAGUUGGUUUUGAGGUACAGGGAUAGACAUCAGGCAGCGAUGUCGGGAUUUGUUGCGGAGCAAUUGUAUCUACAUAUAUCACAGAUUCUUGCGACGUUAGGGCCAUACUGUGAUUGGCCUGGCUGAGACAAUGCGAGCGCAUGAUAAUUCUAACCGG